AUGUCUGCCCCAUACAUCGAUCCAAGUUUAUCCGGACAAGCAGCCACAGGCCCUACUCUCACUCCUGGCUCAUCCGAGCCCGACACCCGCGAAGAUGGCCCAACCUCUAAGUCGAAGGCCCGAUUCAGGACCAUGGCUUUUCCCCGAAAGCGCGCUGUCACCGCCUGCGAUACGUGCAGAUGGAAGAAGACCAAGUGUGGUAACGAGCGCCCAGUAUGCGCAUCUUGUGCCAAAAACGAGUGGCCUUGCUCCUAUGAUCCGCGUCUGGAUCAUGCCUCCUUCGAUCCUGCGAGCUUGCUUAUCUUGGAGAAGCUGAACUUGACCCUGCAAAAGCUUGGCGAUCUCGACCAGGAAGUCAAGAGCCAGAAGACCUCCCGAGUUAUCGAUGAUCCGAGGUUUACCGCCAGGACGGCUACGACAAGCUCCCCGAGCGAUGUAGCCUUCAACGCCACUCCGUCGUCGUCGGCGUCGGUCGCACCGUCCGAUUGCCUCCAAGUGCCUACUGCGUUUGCAUCCGCCGAAACAAUCCUGAGUUGGCCCGUCUUCAAUAGCCGUUGGCCACGCAACUGCUUGUCCCAAGAGCUUCUGAUUAAUAGCCUCCCCACUGCGCAUCGCGAUCCAGACUCUGUUAAACGCGGCCAGGGCAUUAACGAAGAAAGCGUUCCAGGUCUCGUGGAACGCUUUCUACAGCUGGUACAUUCGAAGAACCCCGUGUUCCACACCCGACAGAUACGCGAGGCGGCAAGGCAUGUUGCCGAGUAUGGUAUUGGUUGGGAUGCCUCGUCAUGCGUUGUACUGCUCGCCUGUGCCUUGGGUGUUAUGGCGCGUCCAUACGACCCGUCACCGGAGGCAGGGCUCCUGAGCGAUCGCACUUCUCUUCUCGAAGCCUCUCAACUCUUGAAAACGAGUGACAUGUUCUACCAGGUCGCGCGAAAACGAAUUGGACUCCUUGAACCCAGUAUCGUGGCAGGUCAAUGCCACAUGCUUGCAGGUAUCUACCUCAUGUAUACUCUGCAUCCGCUCGAAGCUUGGGCUGCAUUCCAUCAAGCGGGCUCGGUUUACACACUGUACCUGAGAAGCAAGGCUGCGCUUCAAGAACGGAGCAAUGGUAUGGAUUUCACGCCAUCCAACUCCGAUAGACGUCUCGAGCAACGACUGUACUGGACGGUCUUGAAGUCAGAAUGUGAAUUCCGCGUUCAGCUCGACCUCCCGCAGUCAGACCUCUACAAGCUUGACUAUCCAUUCUUAUUUCCUAGUCCACCGAGUCCUAGUAGCCCCGUCGCGAGCCCAGAGGAUCAAAUAGGCGAUCCGGGGUCAGUCUCUGCAGCAUCAACAUCGUCGCAGCUCCAUUCUCUAGUUUCAGCCUCCAGUCCCCAGCACGCCGAAGAACAGACAUGGUUCUACUACCUGAGCGAGAUCUCAUUGCGGCGGAUCCAAAAUCGCGUCCUCAAUGCCUUCUAUAAAGAAGAUCAUCAACACUGGCUUCAGAUGGACCCUGCCAGCAUGAUCAGUGUUGCCGAAGAGAUCGAGGCACAAGUAGACACUUGUCACGCCUCACUACCCCUUAGCAUUCGUUUUGACGGGCUGGAGGAAAAGACCGACGAGCUACGCCACAUGACCCAGGGCCGCAUCGUGGAGAUACGGCGUCUACUCUAUAGACCCUUCCUCUACUAUGCAAUACAUGCCCCCCAUCAAGUAAGAAUGCGUUGGGACUUGACGAGCACGCUGAAAGGGUUUGUUCAGAAAUGCCUCGCAGCCCACCAGGCCCCGGCGGGCAUUGGACUGACCCACCGCCACCACGGCACCUGGUAUGAGCUCUGCGAAGCCUUUAGCAUCGCGAUGAUACUGCUGGCUGCGCACAUGGCCGAACUUAUCACCAUAAAUUUCCAGUCGUUGUCAUCACCCCAGCAGGCGGAAGAUCUAAGCGACAAUCAGCAGUACGCACGCACCCUACAGGUUUGUGUCGAACGGUUGCGAUACUGGGAGGCAGAAGCGUCACCAGAUAUUGCGUUGGCGCGUAGGAUUAUUGAAGAACUGUUGGUAACACAGCGGUUGGUGCACCAGUAG